CUUUCUUCUUCCCAUGUUAGCUUCUCUUGAAAUUUCUUCUCCCUUCUUUGGGCCACUGCAACUCAGACCGAAGCGAAGAACAGGUUCUAUAUCCAAUUGUCACUUGGUUCUUCUUAGGGUUCAUUUUCCUUAUCUUCUAUAUUCCCUAUCUCUAUUUCGAUUCUCCCUUUAAUAUGGGCUGCACCGUAAGAGAGAAGCAUCUCCGAAUCAAUCGGAAAACUCGAUCGAUAAGACUUGAUAUCGAUACCCACCACCCAGACAGAACCGGACUUGCCGCUACCCUACAUGAAUUCGGCCUAAAACUACCUGAUCAUCGGCUUGUCGAUGAUGUUGGAAAUCACAGAAACCCUAAUCUAAAUCCUAGCUCUAAUUACGAUGAGUGUGGUUGGGGUUACUGUACCGAAGAUCAAUUAGAAGAACUACUGUUGAAGAACCUUGAAUUCUUGUAUAAUGAAGCGAUUGCGAAACUAGUUGCCCUUGGAUAUGACGAAGAUGUUGCCUUAAAAGCAAUCCUCCGUAAUGGGCAUUGCUAUGGUAGCAUGGAUGUUCUAACCAACAUCCUUCACAACUCGCUUGCUUAUCUGAAUAGCACAUGUAGUAGUAACAAUGGGAAUUCUGAGGAUUCUGAAUCGGUUUUCAUCGAUUUGAGACAAAUUGAGGAGUAUUCGUUGGCGGGUAUGGUCUGCCUGCUCCAGCAGGUUCGACCCCAAUUGAGUAAAGGGGAUGCUAUGUGGUGUCUCCUCAUGAGCGAUCUCCAUGUUGGGCGAGCUAGCACCAUGGAGAUUCCAGCCCUGCCUCCUUCUAAUGUGGCUAAUAGUCCUACUAUUGAUAAUGAUGAAACUACAAAUAGCCACAGUAUUGGCAUUGCCCCUGGGCUCUGUAAAUUUCAUGGAGGUUGGGGGUUUGGAGAUAGAGGACCUUGUGAUAUUCCUGUUUAUGGAGGUUUCACUUCAUGUUUUGGAACUACAUUGACAAAAGACAUUGAGUGUCCGAAGAGGUUUAAUCUAUCGCCAUCAAUGAAGUCUUUGUUGAAAAGAAAUGUUGCAGCGUUUGCUGCAGGAUUCCGUGCCAACACAAAAGCAACUGUAGUACAAACCCAGGUGGAAUCACAGUCUUGCCCUAGCUCUUUGUCAAAUGGUGAACAACCAACGGAGAUUGUAUCUGGAUCUGAAGUUCAAUCUGAGCAUCUUGAGGAGCCCCGAGAUUCACAGAUCUCGGAUGUGGUGCACUCUGUCUUGAGUAGCUUGGGUAACUUGAGUCUUGAUGAGAAACCAGAUGGUGGAGCAGCUGAUCCAAAGAAUGAGGUGAUCAUGAAUCUAAUCCAUCAGAUUAGGGAACUUGAGGGACAGGUGAAGGAGAGGAAGGAGUGGGCCCAUCAGAAAGCAAUGCAAGCUGCUAGAAAGCUCAGCAACGAUCUUACAGAGCUCAAAAUGUUAAGGAUGGAGAGGGAGGAGACUCAACGUCUGAAGAAGGGUAAACAGGCUCUUGAGGACACUACCAUGAAGAGGCUCUCAGAGAUGGAGAAUGCUCUGAGAAAAGCAAGUGGUCAAGUUGACCGUGCAAAUGCUGCUGUGAGACGGCUUGAAACUGAAAAUGCUGAGAUCAGGGCAGAGAUGGUAGCUUCCAAGUUGAGUGCAUCAGAGUCGGUGACAACCUGUUUGGAGGUUGCAAGGAGGGAGAAGAAGUGCCUUAAGAGGCUUCUGGCAUGGGAGAAACAGAAAGCUAAGUUGCAGGAGGACGUCGCUGAGGAGAAAAAGAAGAUUUCCGAGUUACAACAGCUGUUGCAUCAGAUCCAUGGGACUCAUAAAGAAACUGAGGGAAAGUGGAGGCAAGAGUUGAAGGCUAAAGAGCUAGCGAUGGCUCAGGCAGAGGAGGAAAGGAGAUCUAAGAAUGCAACUGAGGUCAGUGUUAAAAGAAUGCGGGAGACCUUACGGGGUAAAAUAGAGAUAGACUUCCAGCGCCAUAAGGAUGAUAUCCAAAGACUUGAACAGGAACUCUCUCUCCUGAAAGUAUCAGUGGAAUCUACUCUGCUAAAUUGCCCAUCAAAUACCUUGUGCACAGGAGUCUCUGAAACAGUUAAAUCCCAGAAAGAAUUAAAUGUAAGAUUGUUUCAUGAACUGAACAAAUUGCAAGAUUCUUCAGAGAACGAGCAUGACUUUGACAGAAAAUGCUCAAUUUGCAUGAAAGAUGAAGUUUCGGUUGUUUUCUUGCCGUGUGCUCAUCAAGUUCUUUGUGCCAAUUGCAAUGAGGAAGACCACAAGAAGACCAAAGCUACAUGUCCCUGUUGCCGUGUCCAGAUUGAACAGAGAAUUUAUGUUUAUGGCGCAAGCUCGUAGGUCCAUUGAACAAAUGCCCUGGAACAGUGCUUUGGUGGAUCGAAAAUAUACAUCCUUACUUUCUUAUAGUUGGGGUUGCUGGCUUUGUUUUACCUUGCACCAUAGAACAUAUCAUGGUGUGUCAGCAUCAUUAGCUUCAAAUAAAAGAAUAGAUUCUCUCUCAGGCUGUUCUGAAUUUUCCAUAACAGGAAUGCACAUUAUUUGGAAUAAUGUUGAUCUUGCGAAGUGCUUUUCAAAAAUGUGAUUUAAAAAAUUGCUUGUUACAUAUGUAUUUCCUACUUUCCAUACAUCAGAUCAAGUUGGAAGAAACAGUUAUAUCAAAUUGCCAAUAAUUGACAAAGUUCAUUGUUAGUUGUGAAUUGAAUCA